UCAAGUAAUUGUUUCAACAUGUACGUUAAAUUAAUUACAUUGUUGUGUUUAGUGCAAAUAACAAUUAGUGCAAGGAUUUUAAUUUGUUUACCAUCACCGUCAUUAAGCCACCAUCUGUUUUAUCGACCGAUAAUAAAAGAACUAUCCAUACGAGGUCAUGAUGUUGUUUCAAUUUCACCAGAUCCAAUAAACGACCCAACAUUAACAAACCUUACAGAAAUCGAUAUUCAUGAAGAAACGUAUGGGGCAUUUAGUGUUACACAAUGGUUACAAGAUUGCCAAACAGAACCAGAAUCUCAACUGAACCAAUUCAGAAAAUAUACACCACAAUUAAUAAAAAUGGCUGAACGAAUGCUUGAAUCGCCCAAAGUAAAAGCAUUGAUUUCAAAUAAAAAUGAAAAAUUUGAUUUGUUUAUCAUUGAAAUGGUUGGAUAUAGUUAUUUAUUUGCAUUUGGGGAACAUUUUAGCUGUCCGGUUAUAGGUCUUUCGUCAUUGGAUACAACCAUUGACGGAAUGGAUGCUGUCGGAAAUCCUCCAGAUCCAAAUUAUUAUGGGAGUUUUCUUGUAAAAGGAGGUCCAAAUUUAAGCUUUUGGGAACGUUUAGAAAUGCUUAGAUUUCUAAUUGAAUACAGAAAGUAUUACUUUUUCGAAUACUUGCCCGUGUUAAAUAGAAUAGCGCAAAAUUAUUUUAAUAUAAAAACUAAAAAUAUGUGGGAGCUUCAAAAGAAUGUUGAUUUGCUAUUAGCUAACACAAAUCCAGUUUUUCAUAUUCCCAAGCCUCAUGUACCAAACUACAUUGAAAUUGGUGGAUUACAUGAACGAGAAAAAAAGCCACUACCACAGGAAUUAAAAACUUUUUUGGACAAUUCACCCCAAGGUGUGGUUUACUUUAGUUUGGGUUCGAAUGUACAAAGUGGAAAUUUGCCGGAAAAUACAAGAAAAAGUAUUAUAGAAGCAUUUAAACAAUUGCCGUACAACGUAAUCUGGAAAUGGGAAAACAGUACUUUAGCCGAUAAACCAAAAAAUGUUUUAAUUAAGAAAUGGCUGCCACAGCAAGACGUGCUCGAUCAUCAAAAUAUAAAAGCGUUUGUAACACAAGGAGGGCUUCAGUCUUUGGAAGAAGCUAUACGUAGUCGAGUACCAAUGAUUGGGAUUCCAUUUGGUGGCGAUCAAGAAUUCAAUGUUGAUAGAAUUGUGACAUUAGAAGUUGGAAGGGAAAUAAAAUUCAAAGACAUAACUACUGAAUUGUUAGUAGAGUCCAUAUCAGAUGUUGCAAGUAAUCCGAAAUAUAAAGAAAAUGUUAAUAAACUUGCGUCACAAAUUUGGGAUCAAGAAACCAAACCUCUGGAUCGUGCAAUCUGGUGGAUCGAAUAUGUUAUAAGACAUAAAGGAGCUAAACAUUUACGCAGUCCCGCCGCAGAUUUACCUUGGCAUAAAUAUUUAUUGUUGGAUGUUAUUGGAUUUUUAUUGGGCGUUUUACUACUAAUUUUAGUAACCGUUAUUUACGUAUUGAGAAUUUUAAUGAAAUAUGUUGUUUCUAUCAAAUCGAAAUAUAAAAAAGAAUAAAUUUUAUAUGUUUUAAAUAAUUUACGGUCCUUUGUGUACAGUUAGCUAAGGUAUUUAGCUAAAAGUGUAGUUCCACUUCAAAAUCCUUUGUUCUCAUUUUAACUUAACUUUGUAAUACUUCUACUAUACGACCAGGAUUUUAUUUGGAUCCAUUGGAGGUACAGUCGUGAGGAGAGUCAGGUGCAAAUAGGUAGUAUUUUCUGCUAUGUGCGUGCACGGCGCACAUACAUGAAUAUUAAACCAUCAUUAACCAACAUAAAGAUAUAGUUUUAUUCCCAAAUCGGUGUACCUACUGAUGCAAAGCAAUGAUAUUUAGCUUGUCGUUGGCGGUUAUAUAUAAAUAGCACUUAAAAAUCA